AGUUAAGCUUAAAAAUCAUUGAAUAAAAAAAAAUAAACAGAAAUGAAUUCGUUGCUUAAAGUUGUAAGUUUAACUUUAAGUGUGAUCGUUUUUAAUGUCCUUCUAAAUGUUGAAGCACAAAGUGGCACCAGUGUUAUUUUGGGUAAUAAACAUUAUUAUAUUGAAACUACGGAACAAGUAGGCUUUUAUGAGGCAUCCAAUAAUUGUGCUAAAUUAAGCAUGACACUGGUAUCGAUUGAAAAUAAAACCGAAUAUGAUAAACUUAAAAAUUUUCUACAAAUUAAUGAAUUGAGUAAUGACUAUUGGUUGGGUGGUAACAGCUAUGGAUCUUCGAACUCAUCAGUCGUAUACAGCUGGUUAGGAACUGGAAAACGAAUAGGUUUUUGGCCAGGAGAGGCUCUUAACGAUGCUGACAAAUGUGUUUUUAUAGAUUCAAGUUUUACAUAUACCGAAGCAUCUGCUUGCACAGACGAUAAAUAUUAUAUUUGCGAUAAACCUAUUGAACCUGCUUGUGGUAAAUAUGGUCAAUGUCGUUACAGUUUCAGUUCGUAUGGCUCGUAAAAUGUUUCAAAGAUUUUUAAUUAAUAAACUAAUAAAACAGCAUUAAAAAUAAUCAAAA